AUGGCUAAAUAAUAAUUAAUUCAUUCGAAACCACAAGCAAUUACUACAAAACUACAGAUUCCACAUAGGACUACUGUUGAAUAAGUGUAUCUAAAAAGAUUAAAAGAAACUGAAGCCUUCAUUCCAAAAGAAGAAUACUUGAAAAAAUAAGAGGCCAUCAAUAAAGUUAUGGAUACAUAGUCAGUGUAAUAACUUAAAUAUUAUUCACACAUUAAUGAAAUCAGAUCAGUCAAAGAAUUCUUAUAUAUAUCUGAGAAACUCAAAUAAAAGAAUAUAGAGAAAAAAAUGAAUGAGAGAUUGGAAUUAAGAGGGAAACUUAACAAAAUUAAAGAAAUUGAAGUACUUAAAAAAUUGCAUUAUUAUUUGGAAAAAAAAAUAAGAUUAUUUAUUAAAGAUAGAUAACAUGAAGAAAGUAUUAAUAUAUGUGAUUAUUUAAGAUCCAAAAUUAAAAACUUUUGAAGCAUUUCGGAAUGCACAUUUAGAAGAUAAAAAAGUUAUGUAAUUUCCAAUAGAUUUACAGAAAGAAUUAUUCACAAAAUUGAAUGCUUAAAGUGAUAUUGUACCAUCAAAAUAAGAUAUUGUCUCACCUGUUUCUCCAAUGAAACAUUAAAAAAGAAAUACUUAGUUUGAGUAUUCAUAUUUAAAUUAUAUUAGUUUUUUUAAUGCAGAAAUUUCUGAUAGUGUUGUUAAUAAUGAAGAUAAAGAAUAAGGAACCAGCAAAUUUUUAACUAUGAAAGUAGCUAAUAAAUUAUUGGGAAUGAUGAUCAUUGAAUCUAGUAAAGGAAAAAGAUAACCGAUUAUUUGGGCUUAAGAUAAAAAGAAAGAAUUAGAAGAUAUAUUAAAUAAACCAUAUGGAGGUAAGAUGAAUUUUAAUCUUCAUUCUUUUAAUUGGCUUAUAGACAAUGCUUUAGAUAAAACAUAAUCUUUAGCAAAUUUCAAAAAGGGAUCAAUUAAUAGAAUUACUACUACUGAUGAAAGAAUUGAAUAUGGGGAAAUGCCAAACAAUUAUUUAUCAAUUUAAAAUAAAAUUAAUAAAGGAAUGGAAUCUAUUACAAAAACAUUUAAUAUUAGGCCUAAAUCAAGUCAAGUAUUAAGAUAAAGGAAAGAAUUAAAAAAUAGAAGAUAAAUUACAACAGAAUAUAAUAUUACAGAGAGAAUCAAAGAAAAUGUAUUAUCUUAAGCUUUAAGAAAUCAAAAUGUAUAAUCUUAAUGUAAAACAGAAGGUAUGUUCUUCUAAAAUGAUUCUUAUGUUAGUCAUUAUAUUUGA